AUGACACAAAAAAAUGUGCUGUGUCACUCAUGUGCCCUUCGGAUGUCGAUCAUGCAUCAGGUACCUCCACCGCAGCCCCCAGUACAGACGCGCUCUGACCACUGUGGGAACGGUAGGCUCCUCGACGAAACGUAUCACCCACGCUUUUCAAUUGUUUACGAAACGGCGGAGAGUGCUCUGCGGUACUUUCGAAAGGCAAAAGAUAACGGAGAGAGCACUACGGCGGCCGAUGAGAGGCACAGUCUCUGCUGUGCGUGCUUGGGACUUUACCAGUUUUUGGAUGCCGUCCACGCCCCAGUUGUGGCCGCGACAAUUCGCACAAGUAGGUUCAUCGACUCGAGCCGCCUUUCCGUGAAUGUGAGUGUUCACCGGAGCGUAUCAUUUUUGUGGUUGGCAGUGGCUGCAAUCUUUCACGGUGUAAGUGGAAGGGAGAAUGAGAAACCAAAUCCCACAGCGUUGGUGCCAGAAGAGCACGCCAACUUCAAGGAUUUCUACAUGAGUGACCUGCGGGCGCGGGUUCUGCAGUACCUUGUGCGUGAGCACUCUGAGUUAUCCAAAGUGAAGACGCUUGUUGGGUAUAAGGCCUACAUGCAGGAGAUCACUCGUCGUGCCGGAAGUGACGGCGGUGUAACUGAACCCCAGGUACAACAGGCGUUUGUAUACAGCCCCGAUAACGAGGGCCUCGUUGCGGACAUAGCCGCUGAGCAUCACCAACUAAAGAACCUUACCAACGGGACUGCGGUACCACUGCAGUACUGUAGCAACCGGAGCGAAGGGGUGCUGACGUACAGUGUUAUAUAUGACUACGUGUUUCCUUACUUGAAUGCUACUGGAUGUUGGACCGGAGAUGCUGCUGAUGUGGGACGGAGUGGCAAUUUUUUGAUCUGUGAACCAGCAACACUGGCUUGUUCCCUGCAGCACUCCAAUAUCAUGUUGAUCGGAAACUACCGCAAAACGAGGCGGGAUCUCUCACAGUCCCCUUGGUUUGUUAAUGGAAAACGUGUUGGCUCGUACUCUCUACAGGAAGCGAUUGCCGAUCCGGUGUUGCCCUUCUUUUUCCCCGAAGGUGUAACGUCCCUACCGUGGGAAGGGCCAAUGAAAGAUGCCGCAUGCCAAAGCGUGAAGCGUCCCCGGCGUGAGGUGUUGGAAGCUGACCAACAACAUCCCGGAGUGGAAAAGCUGAAUCCGCACCGCACGGCAUCCGAACGCGUCUUCGGCUACGGACGGUACAAGUUUCAUAGCGCUGGGCGGGAAGAUGUGGAUGUACGUAUGCUCGGAAGUGGGCGGCCCUUCGUUCUCGAAGUCAUAUCGCCCAGCAGGGAACGCGCGUCACCGGAGGAUUUGGCAUCUCUGGAAGCUGUGGUUAAUACCAGCGAGGAGGGAAGCGUGGAAAUAUCAGAAUUACGCAUAACAGAUGCUGGUAUACUUCUCCGCAUGGCUCAUCACUCGCAGAGCAAGGUGAAGAGGUACCGUUGUGUUGUGUGGUGCAGCAGAUCAAUACCUGAGCCGGAGAAAGAUAGACAUUUUCAGGCAACGAACGCUGUGUGUGACCUAGUUGUCGAACAACGCACCCCCGUGCGUGUACUACAUAGGCGAUCGUUGCAGUCACGUAACCGAGUUAUUCACCGUAUUCAAUUGGUGCCGUUAAAUGCUCACUGGUUCCUGAUGGACUUAGAGACUCAGGCUGGCACCUAUGUGAAGGAGUUUGUUCAUGGGGAUAUGGGAAGGACCGUUCCACAUUUAGGUCAGCUGCUGAAUGGUAGAACAGACAUCAUCCAACUGGACGUGCUGGGCAUGACGGCAGAUGGUCUGUAG